AUGAAGGCCUCAGGGACGCUUCGAGAGUAUAAGGUGGUGGGGCGCUGCCUGCCGACCCCCAAAUGCCGUACGCCGCCCCUCUAUCGCAUGAGGAUUUUUGCGCCUAAUCAUGUUGUUGCCAAGUCCCGCUUCUGGUACUUUGUGUCUCAGUUGAAGAAGAUGAAGAAGUCCUCGGGGGAAAUCGUCUACUGUGGACAGGUGUUCGAGAAAUCUCCCCUGCGAGUGAAGAACUUCGGCAUCUGGCUACGCUAUGACUCCCGCAGUGGCACGCACAACAUGUACCGGGAGUACCGGGACCUGACCACCGCCGGCGCUGUCACCCAGUGCUACCGAGACAUGGGUGCCCGGCACCGAGCCCGGGCCCACUCAAUCCAGAUCAUGAAGGUGGAGGAGAUCGCAGCCAGCAAGUGCCGCCGACCAGCAGUCAAGCAGUUCCACGACUCCAAGAUCAAGUUCCCACUGCCCCACCGCGUCCUCCGUCGCCAGCACAAAGCCACGCUUCACCACCAAGAGGCCCAACACCUUCUUUUAG